CGCAGCUUACUUCUAGCUUGAGUGCUAGCCUGACACCAUAUUUUAUUCAUUAGCCUUUGGUCUUCCUUUGUCCAUCCUUAAAGAUAUUCUAAGACCUUAGGAUUCAAAUAUCCGAUUCUAAAACUUGCUUUAAACAAAGAAGUAGUUUUAGGUCAACUUAACAAAAAAGGGGUGGGGGUGAGAUGCUGAAGGCAGAGUUGUUCUACACAUUCCCUAGAAACUUAAAUAGUUUAAAAGGGGGGUGAGGGGGAGUUGCAGGGUCUCUUUUUACUUAAAAUUUGAGGUGAUUGAAAUGCGUGUGAGUGAUCAGAAGCAAAACACUGUAUGCAGUACUAGACUGGAAACAACAUCACAAAUUAGCCUGACUUCAGAGGAAAGGCAUGGGGGUAUAAAGCACACUGUAUAGGGAAAGCUGGUGGGGUUUAACGUUCUGUUUUCACAGGAGCAGAUCUUGGAGUAACAUGAGAGUUCUUAGGUAGCUUGAACUGGUGAGCUGGCCUUCCUCCUGCAAGAGAAAAAUCUCAUCACUGGAAUCGAGUGCUUAGGAUUUUGGGUGCUUUGCACAAACUAGUCUUCAUUCCAUCGUGCCCUCCUAACUACUGUUCCCUUUAAAAGUAAUGCUGUGGAGUCUUCAAAAAGCCCGACCUGUCUGGAUUACAAAUUUACAGGAGGAUGAAACAGAGGAAACGGAAGGCCCCCAGACCCCUGGUCGGCUCCUAAACCCUGCACUAGCCCACUCUAUCUCUGUGGCAUCGUGUGGCAACAUUUUUAGCUGUGGUGCAGAGGAUGGUAAAGUGCGCAUCUUCAGGGUGAUGGGAGUCAAAUGUGAGCGAGAAUUGGGAUUUAAGGGACAUACUCUGGGUGUAUCCCAGGUCUGCUUUCUGCCUGAGUCCCAUCUGCUGCUCACAGGAGGGAAUGACGGGAAGAUAAGGUUGUGGGACGUGAGCAGCAAAAUGGAGAAACAGCAGAAGAGUCCCGUGAAGCACAUCCACAGGAAGAAAACAAAGAGGGCAGUGCGCCCCACGCAGAGUGGGGACUCUAGAGUCCCGGGGGCCGAGGACGAGGGACUUGCAAAGCUUCUACCGAAGCUCGAUAUUGAACACGGAGAAAAAGUGAACUGGCUGUUGAGUACAAAAAUAAAAGGGAACCAAAGCAUAUUAGUGGCCGAUCAGACGAGUUGUGUGUCUGUGUAUCCCCUGAAUGAACUUUAGGUCCAAUAAAGUGCUUUGAAAGAACCGACAAA